CUCCCAUUUCUCAAGCGUCCCCCGCGGCCAGUGGUGGAAUGUAAUCACGCCUCAGCCCCACCGGGCUUUACCGGGUAUUCCCAGCUUGGGCUGGCCGCACACUUCUGCUUAGGUUUCGGAGGAAACCGUUGUGCCUCUCGCUCCGCUAUUUAUUUACCAGGGCUGUGUUUACAUUGCAAAUUAUAGGGCUCGGCUCACCCACGCAGGUGUUUUCACUCGCCCUGACCGGCUGGUCGGAGCUCCCAUCAGGCCCAGACUGGCCUGAGCUGUGCCGGGAGUUGUGCCAUUGUCACCAAACUCCGCGCACUGCUUCUCAGUGGGGUUUGCUUACUUCCACCCGAGGGGACUUCACCGUCAGCCCGGGCCAGACCACGCCGGUGCCGCCAGCUGCACACACCUCCAUCACCACUGGUCCCUGCAAACCACCCCAAGCAACAAACAAACAUGGCUCCUUUUGAGAAAUCCAUGGAGAUGAUGCCCUUCAAGCAGAGGAAAUGCCUCGCAACAAGAAAAGAUGAAGUGUGCAGCAUUCGGUCUAAAUUCCCCAACAAGUUGCCUGUGAUUGUUGAACGUUACAUCCGUGAAAAGACUCUCCCCCUGUUGGACAAAACGAAGUUCCUGGUUCCCUUUGAGCUCACCCUCGGUCAGUUCCUCUGCCUGCUCAGGAAUAAGAUUGCAUUGGACUCUACCCAGGCUCUGUUCCUCCUGGUGGCGGAGAAGAGCAUGUCCUGCAUGUCCUCUAGCAUGGGGGAGGUUUACUCCCGCUACAGCGACACUGAUGGCUUCCUCUACAUCACCUAUGCCUCACAGGAGAUAUUCGGAGCACCUCGACCGGCAGCCGGGCGGCCCUGCUGAGCCUGAAACUGAUCAAAUGAACUGAACCCGGACCAAUGUGGUGACGCCACAAAACCAAACUGGAAAAAAAAGGACAAACCGAGCCAAGCCGAGGCUGUUUUGUCCAUUUUUUUUAGCACCAAACUGCAUCUCAGACUACCUCUUGAACCUUUCAGGACGUUUAAACACAGCAAAUCACUCCGUUCUUCUUUUUAUUGCACUGGCACCUAAACAAGCCAAAACCGGACCAAGGUCACCCUGAUGAAGAUGUUGUUUUCGACUGAUUGAUCACUUGAUUGCCUAAUUUAAUUAUUUCUGUUAAGAGAUAUUAGGAGAAAAAAUAGAAGUCCAUACAGAUAAUUGUUUGUUUUUUAAAUUAAAGAAACAAUUAAGAAGAUGCAAUAGACUGAGCAUCGGAUUCAUCCUCAAAUAUUGUAAUUGUUGUUUUUUUUGUCUGUUGUAUGACUUUUAACAGUCAAACACUUUCAUAUUUGUCCUUCAGUAACCUCAGAAACGUUGAGCUUCAGUACAAACAAACCAGUUUUCACAUAACUGUGCUGCCAGCUCAAGGUAAAAGCAGUCUAGUGGAACCAACACCACCCCCAUCCUCUCCAUUCUACAAAAACAGGAGUCAGUGUCUUGCUGGUAAACAGACUCCUUCUCAGCACUUAUCCCUCCUUCCUCCUGUCUUUCUCUCCGAUCGCCUCUUCAUCUUCAUCUUCCCUUAAAAAUGUGAAAUUGUGCUCCGGACUCUCACAGAUCAUUGGAGGGACUUUUGAGGCUAUUGUUGCUGCUCUGAUGUGUUCUGUAUUCAGCUGUCAAUAUUCCAAAAAAAAAUAA